AAACAUGCGAGUACUUAUUACUUUUAUUCAUAAGUUGUGAGCAACAUGUCGGCAACCGAAUAGCAACUCUACUAUAAUAAUAAUUGCUGAAAAGUUUUCAGCAUUUAAGGUAAAUGUCCCUAUUUGUGACCCUGACCCAAUUUGUGACCCCUCGCGGACAUUUAUUAAAUUAAUUAGAAAGUGUAAGGAUUUCAUCCUUGAAAAGGAUAUUUAUUGCGCUUGGCUAUUAAUUAGCUACAAUUUGAUAUAUGGUUUCAGUGAUAUUUUAUCAAUAAAUAUGCAUAAAAAUGUGACAUAAGGUGCUCGCGGUGUCGUCAGUGGCAGGUCGAGCGCAAGUUUGCUGCCAUGUUAGUAGGGUGAGGUGUUUGUCGUGACACAGUGACAGCUUCAGUAAUCUCAUCAAAAGGAAAAGUGAAAGGACAAUUUUGUUUAGCAGGUUAGGUGCAAAUACCUAUGACAAAUCAUAACACAGUGACAGCUUCUUUGACGUGAAGAAAAAAAAUUACAAGACAAUUUUGUGUGAAAGUUUCCAUUCAGCAUGGGUAAAAUCAGAAAAAAAUGGUCAGACACAGAACUUGAAAAAGCACUUGUUGACAUUCGUUCUGGAAGGUCAGUAAGUGGUAUUAGUAAGUCAAGUGGUAUCCCUAAAUCAACGCUAAUAUCAAAAUUGAAAGGGUAUCGACCAAUUGGAAAGCGAACAGGCCCUCCCACUGUAUUAUCUGCUGAAGAAGAAGCAACACUAGUGCGCUGGAUGCUUCAUCUCAGUAAACGAGGCUUUCCAGUCAGAAAAACACAACUGCUUUAUAAUGUUGCUUAUUUAAUCAAACAAUUGAAUCGACAAGCACCGUUUACUAAUGAAAAACCAGGACGUCAUUGGUACGAAGCGUUUUUACGUCGGCAUCCGGAAAUUUCUGUUCGCGUAGCUCAAAACUUGCCUAAAAAUCGAGCGUCAGUAACAGAAGAUAUUCUGCGCGGUUGGUUCAAAGAAAUCGAACAGCAUUUAAUUGAAAAGCAAUUACUAGACAUUGAUGGAGCCCGAGUAUUUAAUUGUGACGAAUCUGCUUUCUAUCUUUGUCCGAAAGGCGAGCGUGUGCUAGUCAAAAAAGGAGAUAAGGCAGUUUACAACUUCACACAAAACGACGAGAAGGAAUGCUUGACAGUACUAUUCACGACAAACGCUAUGGGCGCAUUGGUUUCUCCAAUGAUAGUUUUUCCAUAUGAAAGAAUUCCUUAUAGCAUCUCGCAAAGUAUACCUUUAGAUUGGAGCAUUGGGAAGUCGGAAAACGGAUGGAUGACGGCCGAAACCUUCUAUGAAUAUAUAAGUAACAUUUUUGAACCGUGGUUGACAGCACAUAACAUCGAGAGACCGGUUAUUCUGUAUGUCGAUGGGCAUUCUUCUCACAUGACGUUACCGGUUGCUCAGUUUUGUAUGGAUCAUCAAAUAGAACUUAUUGCAUUGUUCCCGAACGCAACACAUCUGAUUCAGCCGCUUGACGUUGCUUUGUUUCGGACGCUUAAAUCGAGCUGGAGAAACUGCGUAAAUGAUUGGCGAGUGCAAAAUCAAAGGAAUCUGCGAAGAGAAGACUUUGGUCCGCUCCUUAAAAUCGCUAUUGAAGGCGUAGAACUUCCAAGGGUGAUGAGCAAUGGUUUCAGGAAGUGUGGCCUUUCCCCGUUUUCAGCCGAUGCACUCCAAUACAAUGAACUGUUUCGGAAGAAAAAGGAUGAUGCAACAGUAACUUCGAAACUAGAACAGAAUGCUGAAAAUCAUUUAUUAUUUUUUGAAAGUAACAUCGAUGAAAAUUUGUUGGGUACAUUCAGACGUGCUGGUGAAACUGGAAUGUAUAACGGCACCAUUGAAAACCUUGGCCUUUUCUUUUUUUGGCAAAAGAUUUUAAAAUUAACAAGUAACCAUUUUUAACUUAAAAUCUUUUUUAACUUUUUAAAGAUAUACACAUGUAUAUUUUAUUUUAUAUUUCUUUAUAUUAU